AUGCCUUCCAUGGCGAGCUCCAUCCACCCCGACUUCCGCGACGAUGUCACCUCAGCGGAAGCCCACGCAGUGGACCGGGAAACAGAACGUCUAAUCCAUCAACAACUAGCUGCGGACAACGCAAGUGGCCGUGAAAGAUACAUUCAGCUCGCCAAAGAGAUGCUGCGUAUUAGAUUGCGCGCCUACAAGCCCGAGUCACCACCCGUUGCUGGUGCUUGGUGCCUGAUCGGAUCAGCACAUCUCAAGGCCUCUCAGCUGCAGGAAGCAAAGGAAGCCACUGAGAAGAGUCUGGAAAUAUAUGCCGCAGGAAACGAUGCUGAAAAAGAAAACUCCGCGGCAUUGGCGAGAGAACAGUUGGGUUUGAUCUUUGAAGGCUUGGGCCAGAUCUCCGAUGCUAAGAAAAUUCGACUGCAAGGUGCGAGUGACGGAACGAUGAAGUUUGGCAAUACCGUAGUACCACUAUUGAUAUCUUUCGCUCGCGCAACACCGAUCUUCUCCAGCACAACAAAUCCAGAGACAGCCAUGGCCAAAACACGUCAGCCGCUGAGCUUCGACGGAAAAUGGAUGGCGAUGGCAAAGUCCAACGACGACGAAGUCAUCUCAGUAACCUAUUCCGCGACUUACCGCAACGCGGCUGGUAAUCGAGUGCAUUUGAGUGACAUCGACUUCAACACCAUCAGCCCGGAGGUUGCCGAGCAAGGCGACCGAGACGGGCUAACAAGUACCAAUCUCACCCGCACCGCAUUCAAGGUUUGGGAGCUACUUGGCCUCGAUAUACCCUCACGGGAUGAAGUCAAAGAACUCGACAGCAACAAUGUAUCACAUGCGACGAAGACCGACCGUUCCGACCGCAUGGACCUCAAGCGACGACGCAACGCCAACGCCAACGCCAACGAGACCCCCGAUCUGCAGUCCAGUGAUAAGAAGCAGCGCAUGAACACCGCUUUCACCCAUUUGACCGCCGAAAACAAAGCCGCAGCUCAAUCCGCCUUUCGAGACAUAAACACGCCAAUGACGGAACAGCAAAUCGCCGACUUCCAACAGAUGGCGGCCGAAGAGCAUAAGUACGGCGAAGCCCCUACUCUCGCAACCAUCAAUGACGCUCGGCAGUGGGCUGAGAAUACCAACACGGAUCCGCACGAGGCGCCCGCGUUCGACUAUCACAGGCUAGCCGGAAGCCGGUUUACCGAGACACAGGAGGAGGAUGGUGAGAAGGACGCUAUGAUCAAGAAGCAGGAACUUGAGAUGGUUGAGAGCAAGGUUGACUUCGGUGAAGAGGUCGGUGGCGAGGGUAUUGGACAUGACAACGGUGAGGCGGACGAUGAGGUUGGAGGGGAAGAUGAUGAUGAUGGGCUCGUGACUGUCAAUUGGGGAUUCGGGGAGCGUCGAGUGCCAAAGGUGGAUGCGUAUAUCGAGGAGAUAGGCCCUGAAUUCUGGUUCCAUGCUCUGGAUGUCCUCGGCGAUCGCCUUAAACAGGUACUGGAGCAAUGA